AUGUUAGGAAUGCUUAAUGGUAAAGUAAAUGAUGCUGAAUUACAACAAUUUUUAACUGACUAUGACUUUGCUCGAACUCAUGAAUGCAUCACUGAUGCUACUCUCCAAACUAAAUUAGCGGAUAAAGAGAAAGAAAUGGUGACCAAGAUUAUUACUGAUUUAAGUCUGGCAACAACCUCAGAACAAGAAAAUGUUCUAGAAGCAGUGAUCUCAGAGAUUAAAACUAAACUAGAUAAAACUCCUCCUGCACAAGCCGAGCAAAAACCAACUACCGAACUAAUUGAGAAAGUCAAAGAUUACAUCUCCGACAUAAAAAAUGUUGAAAAUAUCCAAGAUAUCAGAACACUUAUUGCUACUCAGCACCAAGUUAUGAAGCAAAAGGUUGAUAAUGAAGUUGAAAGAAAUAAGAAACCACCUGUCGAGUAUUCUCUCUACGGUUCGAGACUUAUGUUUGAUUAUGUUAAUAUAGAAAAUGAAGUUGAAGAGGAAGAACUUAAAAGAAUAGUGGAACAACAAAUCCAAAUCAAAAACUCUUCUAACUUCUACCAAGAAGCACCAUUCUUGACCAUCGCUGAGGAUUUGCUGAAACUGAUAAAGGAGGAUAAAAUAGAACAGAUUAUUUUUUUAGUUUACUGUAAAGUUUUAGGUGUGAAAGAGGAUGAAGUAAUAAGGGAUGAAAGAAUAGAAAAAAUAUUUAAAGAAACCUUUGGCAAGUUUUCUAAUUGUUCUUUGGAAAAGAUUAAUUAUGUAGAGGAUGAUGGAGGGGGAGUAGAAAUUCAAUGGAGUAAAACAGAUUGA